UCUGUGGCACGCUCACUGCGGGCAGAACCUGCUGAUCGACGAGGUCUCUGCCAGCAGGACUCAGAGUAUUUUUGAUUUUCCCACAGGCGUUGUCUGCUGCAGACUUGAGCAGUGCUGCUCGAGCCAUGGAGGGAGUGUGUGCUGCAGUUUGCACAGCUUUUUCCGUGGCUUAUUCUGGGUACUUUCUCACCCACCUGGCACGUCACAUCACCCGUGCCUGGAGAGAAUCCAGUCUUUGGAGCCCAGCACCAACCUCGGAGGAUCCUCUGGCUGCGUGUCUUCCUGCAGAAGAGGCCAAAGAAGAGGAAGAUGCUCCCCAAACUGCGCCUGCUGCCACUGCAGGGCCUGAGCAUCCAGCAUCAAGCACAAGGGCAGCGUCAGCACCUGCUCUGGCAGCCUCUGUACCUGAGGAUGAGGCUGAAGAGGAGGAAGGUGCCAAUGAACCUGGCCCUGCUGUCAGCCCAUGGCCGGAGCAAACAACACCAAGCUCCACCUCUUCUGUCCUGGCACCUGCACGAGCUGCAGCUGAAGGCUCGGGAGAAGGCUCCAGUGCCCAGGCUGGAAGCUCAAGCACGAGCAGCUCGUGCACCUGGAGCACGACCAGCUCAUCUGGCAGCAGAGAGCAGCAGCAAGAGAGGACAGAGGACAAGUACCUGGCCAUGCUGAAGAUGCUGGUGAGCGAGGGAGAUCCUGAGGCUAAAUACACAGAACUGGAGACUAUUGGCAAAGGGGGUUUCGGCACUGUGUGCAUGGCAGUGGAGACUGCCACAGGAGAAGAGGUGGCCAUCAAGAAAAUUAGUCUCCUGCAAGAGAGCAGCAGCGAGCUGUGCCUGAAUGAAAUCCAGGUCAUGUGUGGCACUAAGAAUGCCAACCUUGUGAACUAUGUAGACAGCUACCUGGUGGAUGAGGAACUCUGGCUGGUGAUGGAAUACAUGGACGGAGGUUCUUUACACGAUGUUAUUAGGGAGACUCGCAUGGCAGAAGGAGAGAUAGCAGCUGUCUCUCGGGAGUGCCUGCAAGGCCUGGAUUUCCUGCACUCCAAGCAAGUGAUCCACCGAGAUAUCAAAAGCCACAACAUUCUCCUGGGCUUGGAUGGAUCAGUCAAGUUGGCUGAUUUUGGCCUUGCUACUCAGCUUACUGCUGAGCAGAACAAACGGAGAUCAGCUGUUGGAACGACUUACUGGAUGGCGCCAGAAAUUUUCACCAGGAAGCCCUACGGCCCCAAAGUGGACAUCUGGUCCUUUGGCAUCGUGGGGAUCGAGAUGGUGGAAGGAGCGCCUCCGUACCUGAUGAAAACCUCCCGCACGGUUCAAGAGCUGAUAAGCACCGGCCCCCCCCUGAAGCUGCAGAAGCCCAGGCAGCAGUCGGCGUGGCUGCGAGACUUUCUGCACUGCUGCCUGGAGAGGGACGAGGACAGGCGCUGGUCUGCCCAGGAACUUCUGCAGCAUCCGUUUGUAACAUCAGCCAAGCCAGCCUCCUCCCUGACACCUCUGAUCAUGGCCACGCAGCAGUUCAUGGCCAACAGGAGAUACUAGCCCUGGAAGAGGCCUUUGUUGUUGUUUGUUGUUUGAAGUUUGUAGUUUGUAGUUUAUAGCUCGUAGUUUGUAGUUUGUUAUGAGUGAU